CCACCCGCGAGACGCCUGAGCAUCGCAGGCCGUUUGCUGGGCUCUCUCAACCAAGUGCGCGCGCAAAACAGGGAGAACAGAGAGAACAAGGAGAGAGCCAGAAAUGAGCCGCCGCCGCCGCCCCCUGAGAAGAGGCGCUCUUCCGUCGCCGAUAAGUCGUCGCCCAUGGCGCGCAUUCGAUCGUGGCUGGAUACAUGCAAUGGCCAGCAUAACCACCACUGCGGCGGCGAUGAGCCUGACACCACCACCUGGCGCCCUGUCUAUCUCGUCGACUCUGUUGAGCGAUGCUUGGUCAAGGCCAAGCCGACAGAUCGCUAUCUUGCCUUGAGCUAUGUCUGGGGCCCGCUGAAUCCGCGUCGAGGAGGCCCCAAUGUCGUGGUGCAGCUGCUCAAGUCCAAUAUUGAAGCGUUUCAGUCGGGCCUCCCAGAGGUGGACAUUCCCGAAACUAUUCUCGACGCCAUGUAUCUGGCAAGGAAACUGGGCUUCCGCUACCUGUGGGUUGAUCAGCUAUGCGUUGUCCAAGACGACGAGGUGGACAAGGACAACCACAUUCGACACAUGCCCUACAUCUUUGCGAAUUCGUAUCUCACAAUCGCCGCAGCUUAUGGCGACCUCUAUACCGGUCUUCUACCCAUUAGUCCAAGGCGCCAGCGCGACUCUAAGGCUGGUGGCAGCAGCAAGGAUCACAACGAACUGCUGCGGCAGUCCAAGUGGAACACUCGCGGUUGGACCUUGCAAGAGCUUCUCUACUCGCGCCGCACUGUUUUCUUCUUUCAGGAUGCAGUGACAUGGGAGUGUCACUGCGAACUUUGGCAGAAAAGCUCCUUGAAUAUCAUGCCGAAGCUACGAGGCAGUAGCCGGAAUGAGUGUAUUAACCGCCUCUCUUCUGCCAUUCUUGGUUAUCAACAUCCCCCAUGGCCUGACCUGGACGAAUACGCUCGCAUCGCAGCCGACUAUAGCGCAAGGAGGGUGACAAACGUCGAGGACACUUUGAGAGCAUUCUCGGGCAUCACUUCCAUGCUCUCACGUACAUUUUCAGACGGCUUCAUGUAUGGCAUGCCGCUCAUGUUCCUCGACGUUGCUCUGCUUUGGCGCCCACAGGCAUCAAUACGACGGAGGGCACCACCGCGGGCCCCCUUUCUUCCAUCUUGGUCUUGGAUGGGUUGGUGGUUUGAUGGUGUGCCUGUUGACUUGGUUUUAUGGAAAGCUGCGGCUGAUUACGUCGAAGAGACAAGCCCGACAAAAGUAGGACCCAACUCUAAACGGUUUCAAUCCAUGCAAACUUUCAGGAUAAAACCCACUGUCACCUGGAAUCUUACAGACAGAGCUUCCACAGUUACCGUGAACAACAAUGGGCUGAGAUAUCGAGAUCUCCGGUCCCGCAAAAAUGCUGGAAUACAAUUGCCCCGUGGUUGGUCAAGAAGUGGACCGUCUUUCAAACAUGAGAGCGACCGUGAUACCAUUUUCAAGUAUCCUGUGCCAGUUAUAGACCCUCCAAAAGAUGGGCAGCACGCGCCAACAACCGCAGAGCAGACCUUCCCGGGACCGCUCUUGUCUUUCAAAACGGCUGCUGGCCUCUUUGACGUCGAUCUUGCCGAUACCAUGGCACCCAAAGACCAUUCAAAUCCUCAGCUUGGCAUCGGAAACAUUUGGAGCAAGUCUGGUAAAUGGAUCGGCGAAUUUCGAGCCCACGACGCGUGGAUCGGCGUCCAGACGUCCAACUAUGACGGAGGCGAAAAACUCGAGUUCAUCGCCAUUAGCACAGGAAUAGAGCGCAAGGGCUCCUUCAUAUUCACGCCGGAGCGAUUCGAAGAGAACAAAGAUGCGGACGGCAUACUGGAUUUUGUCAACGUACUCUGGGUUGAGAGAAUUGGCAGUGUUUGCUACAGAAGGGGCAUUGGGCAUAUUUUGCUCAAGGCUUGGAAUGCACAAGUAAGAGACCAAGUGGAUAUUGUUCUCGGAUAAGGGGUUUCCCCCAGAGAGACACUAUGGCAUCCCUAGCGAGGGGAAUGCGAGGCGUGGCGUUUGGGAGUCUGAUUCGCUGAAUCUUGGACCGGCGGAGUGGUGAAUGUCGUUACCUGUUCUGUGCUCACAUUUGUUCUUUAUUAUUUACUUCAUGUUCGAU